AUGGGCGCGGCGUACGGGACGGCGAAGAGCGGCGUCGGCGUGGCGUCGAUGGGCGUGAUGCGGCCGGAGCUCGUCAUGAAGUCCAUCGUGCCCGUCGUCAUGGCUGGUGUGCUCGGUAUCUACGGGCUCAUCAUCGCCGUCAUCAUCAGCACAGGGAUCAACCCCAAGGCCAAGCCAUACUACCUGUUCGAUGGCUACGCCCACCUCUCGUCCGGGCUUGCCUGUGGCCUUGCUGGGCUUGCAGCUGGCAUGGCCAUCGGCAUUGUCGGUGAUGCUGGAGUCAGGGCAAAUGCACAACAGCCAAAGCUUUUCGUGGGCAUGAUCCUCAUCCUCAUUUUCGCAGAGCGCUUUGCUCUCUCACGGUCUCAUUGUUGGAAUUAUCCUUUCAUCCCGUGCUGGCCAAUCCCGGGCGGAUUAAGCGCACUACCAUUCUGCGACUACCGCACUGUUUAUUAUGCUAUUCUGAGAGAAUUGAAACUCUAUGCCCUUGUCUAG